AUGGGCUCGGCCGAGGUCUUGCGCACGUUCGAACGGAUGCAACUGAAGGAGCACGAGCGCAAGACCGAGACGCCAACGCCGCAGCCAGUGCCCGAGCCGCCGACGCCACGGCCGGUCCCCAAGGCGCCAACGCCGCAGCCGCUGCCCGCGCCCAAGGAAGGUGCGCCACUGACGCCACCUGAAGCUGGCGACCCGGAGUGGGCGGUCACGUUACGGUCGAUUAGCCGUGCUCUGGAAGGACUCGUGGCCCGAGCCGAGAACCCCCCACCCGUCCACAUGACCACGAGCCCGACAAGCCCCAAGUCCAGCCUUGCAGCCUUUCGUCUCUCGAAAGUGCCGACGUUCAUCCACAAGGAAGACGACAAACUCGCCCCUGCCGUUCACGUCCGGAACGUCGAGGGCAUGGCUCUCCACGGUGACGGGUCAGUCGCCAUGCGCGUGACGAUGUUCAUCGACACACUCGGCUCGAAAGAAAGUACGUGGGUGUACCACUUCAUGAACACGAAGAAGUUCGUCCCAGCGACGAUGACUGAGAGGAACUGGGGCACGCUCGUCGACGCUUUCUACACGGAGUACAUCGGUGACAAGACGUACCGCGAGUCCGCGUACGAGAAGGUCACGCAGGAGGACGGCGAGCGCUUCACCGAGUACGUCAUGCGGGUGGCGCUGUGGGCCGCCGUGGCCGGCCAACAAACGGACGAAGAGCGCAAGAUCCGGAUCGUGGUACAAGGCGUGGUCGACCGACAGCUCCACGCUGCACUGUGGCAGAUCAGCGAGGACUCGUUGUCGUGGGACGAGUUCGAUGACAAGGCCAAGCGGCUGAUGGCGUCGGCCGACGCGCAUGCACGAAAGACCAAGAAUAGGUGGUCCAAGGCGUAUCGCGUCGCCCAGGCGACCGUACCGACCGAUGUGAACCUCCAGGUCAGCGCUGCGCGGACUGGUCGGCCGCCGUUGCACGGUAACCUGAUGCCGGCGGCGACACCCGCGCCAUCGCUCGCGCCCGCGACGCCCACGCCGGCCACUCCCGGUCGCUCGGGGCAGGGCUGUCACGUGUGCGGCGAACCCGGACAUUACCGCCAAGACUGCCCGCAAGCCCAGCACCUCGCGUCGUGUGAUUUUCACGGGGCGCACAUUGGACACACGUCGGAUGAUUGCUACGUCCUCAAGAACGCGCGUCGAUAUGCCGAGGCCAUGAUGCGGGACCAGACGGCGCAGCCCACGGACGACACGGCCGGCAUGUCACCCCCGGAAGCCACUACCCCGACGCCGACGCCGGUUUUUUCGGGAAGACCACGCCUAAGAGCGAAGGUAGCGGUCAAGAAGGAUACGGGAGCUCACGACCAGCCAGUGGCCAGCACGACCACCAGUGACGUCGAAAAGAAAGUAAUGUUGAGCCCCACGCGUAUGCGACCAACCGUUCUCCACGACACAGCAGAAGGAGGGAACGGACGGACGCAAGGGCGAGGGGCGCAAGGGGCGAGCGAGCCGCUCAACCCAAUGGGAGCAGAAGAUGCGUGGGUGAACGACAACGUCACCACGCAGCAACACGACAGAAGACAGUCCUCGGACGCGGCGCUAGCCCCAGCGCGUGACGAGGACGACGAAGGAAGAAACCCGUCCACGGAUACGGCGCUUGCUACAGCGCGUGACGAGGACGACGAAGGGAGAAACUCGCCCAAGGAUGCGGCGCUUGACACAGCGCGUGACGAGGGCGACGAAGGGCGCACACCACUCUCGGAAACACGGUCCGAGGCGUGCAGCGAAGAAGAGCCAACCCCGGUCGAGGUGCCGGUCGCGGCGAGCCGGGAGGACGACACCGUCUCGGCGUCGGAGGACCCGGAAUGGGUCCCAACCCAGUGGGCCGGAGAUGACAUCCUCCAGACGCUCGCCACCGUACUCGCACCGGAAGAGAUCGACAACGUGGGCGACGUCCAAGAGGUCGGCGACAAGGGUACUGUGGACACGAUGGGUCGGCGGCCCGGACGCGCCGUCAUCGCGUACCCGGAUUGGUCGGCG